GGCUGCCGCGUAGCCACCAACCGGAUGAAAUGACCGGCGCUUGGCUACCACGACUUCGAUGGCUAUGGAGUUCCGAGCGCUCGAUCUCCGCAGGAUCCUUCGUCUCGUCGCUUCCACCGCUCCUCUCGGGGGAAGGUGGAAGCGGCUGCUGAGCACCGCUGAUGCUGGCGCCUCCGGCGAGUUCCACAGCGGAAGCGCCUAUGAGGUGCUAGGGGUACCGGAGUCGAGCUCCUUUGCGGAGAUCAAGGCCUCGUUCCGUAAGCUCGCCAAGGAAACCCACCCUGAUAUGGUCGCAUCGGGUUCGCCUGACGACGCUGCCGCCUCCGAUCGCUUCCUCCACGUCCUCGCCGCUUAUGAGAUUCUUUCCGAUUCUAAGAAAAGAGCUGACUAUGAUAGCUAUUUACUUGCUCAAAGGCAAACAUUUCAAAAACGGUGUGGAUUUGCUUCACCCAUCUAUUCCCAGAGCUCCUCACUAACGAUGGCAAGACAUAGCAAUGUAGUGGAAUGGCUAAAAUGGUACAGACUUGUUGUUGAUGAUAUUAUUAUGGAGAGGAGAGUAGCAACGGGCACUAGUUAUUUUGAUAAACUAGAAAAUGAAUUCUACUCGGCAAUACGGAUGGCAUAUUAUGGGCCACCAAUUGAGUCUAUUGAUCUACUUCCUGAUUGUUUUGAGGCUGAAGAAAGGUCUGGAUAUGAAACUUCAGAGGUCCUUCAGCUAGUCUCAGGACGUGAUUUGUUUGGAAUUGUUAAUUUGGUGGACAGACUUCCUGAAUUAUCUUAUAUUUUCCAUGAAAAAAUAACCAAUUUUGAUUAUUCCAUGGUUCAUGGAGCUCAUGAAGAUGUUGAGCAGUCUAUCGUGGAAGGGAAGGUUGCUCAUUCAAGGAAUGCCAAUAUUUCUGGGACAGAAAUGGCUCAAAGCAGUGUGUCUGAAUCAGAUGCUUAUAAAGACCUUGAGCUCCAUAUUUUUGGGAGAGUAGUUGCUGUAGCAAACAGAAGUCAGAGAUGCAAAUGCAUUGACUUGCCAAUAGUGGAUUCAGAAGACCAUAUACAUAUCUUUCUGCCUACAGAUGGAGCCAAAAACUCAGCUUCGUCAGGUUCCUCAGGAUCAAGAACUUUACUGGGAAUAGUCACGGGACUUGGGACGAGCACGGAGGAAGAUUCAUGCUCUGUUUAUAAUAGAACUGGGGUUAAAACGCACGUGAUUAUGAAGCAUAGAACUUUACUGAUUGAAUACAUCUAUGCCACACCAGUAGUGGAACAAAUCAUAGACAAGGUCACAGGUGGAACAAUUGACAGUCUUUUUUCCAUUUAUCCUUUUAGUUCGGGUAGAAAAUGGAUUGAAUACUGACUUAAAGUGGACAUCAGUUUUUGUCCAUCAGUAUUAUUCUGCUUCAAAAAUUGCUGUCCAAGCCUGUCAAUGGUCCUGUCCAUGUCCAUUGAGUUUUCAUCCAAUAGUCAUGUCAAAAUGUGAGAAUUGAUGAGGAUAUUUUGUAAGCAUAGGACAGGUAAAACUAAAAAAUGGGAAACUAAUAUAAAAACCUGGUUUCUAUUGUUUAAAGAAAAGGUAAAAAUGAAAAAGGAACAUAGAAAAUAUUAUGCUGGACUUUGACUAAAUAGUAAUUGUUUUUAGUUUAUUCAACAACAAUUGGAAUCUCUCCAUUUAUCUGGAUUCUUGAAUAUUUAAACAUGUCUGGAUUUGGGCAUAUAUGCAAAAGAUUAUCACUACAAUUUAGGCUAGAUGGAUUUUCACAGGAAUGCAAUGUGGCAGGUACAUUUGUGCACAUACUUUCAUCCUUACAAUUUGAGCCCUUUGCUAAAAGAUGAAGUUUUUGGGACAAGCAGUUCAAAUGAUCUUUAGCAUUCGAAUCCUUUUUGUAUUCUCAAUUGUAGUAGUUUAUUUUUAAAAUUGUUGUUGCUAUGUGACCAAAAGGUCACAGGUUCGAAUCCUGGAAACAACCUCUUGCAAAAUGCAGGUAAGGCAGCGUACAAUGGAUCCUUUCCCGGGAUCCCGCAUGGCGGGAGCUUCAUGCACCGGGCUGCCUUUUUUUAAUUGUAGUAGUUUAUUUUUAAAAUUCAACGAUACAUUUUACAAACAAUUAUAUCAUACAACAAGGCUACUUUAUGUUUAAAAAGAAAGGCCGGUUUUUGGUCUCUAACAUGGAUAUAGUGCAGUAUUUAUGCUUCACUGCUUAACAUGAAUAUCAUUGUUUUAUUUUCAGUGCAUAUAUUUUGCAAUUUUUUGGAACUUUAUUAUGCUUCAUGUAUAACAAAUCUCUUUUGUCCUUCUCUUUUGUUUAUACAAGCAAUCCUUUUCUUGUGGUGCACAGCUACAUGUUGAUCAUGUAUCUAAUAUUAUUCACUUGCAUUUUCUAAUGCAUCAUACCAAACUUAAUACAAUAAUUUUCCUACAUGAUGUACUGUUCAUUUAUUCUGUUUUGCAGAUAAGAAUUUCUUUCUCAUUACUUCACUUUUAGACAGUAUGUUAGAACCACAUAGGAUACAGAAACAUCUGUAACAAUUGAAAAUAAAAUCAUUUGUAUCAAGCAGAUUAGUUUGUGAUUCACUUGGUAUGAUAAAGGUAAAAGAUGCAAGUUGACUUUGGGUUAUUUUCAGGACAGAUGUCAUUUUUGUUCAUUCUGUUUCAGCAUCUCUCACUUUGAUCUAUUUACUGCAAUUUGCGCUUUGAGAUUGCCUUCAUAAUCCCAGGUUAAACACAUGCAUUGGUUUCAAGUUCAAGAUGAAGCUUUAACUUGUGAGUGUCGAUGUAGUAGAGCUUGCUUACCACCUAGCAAAUAUUGGCUGUUUGAACCUCGAUGUAGCCUUCAUGAUAUUGGUGGCUGGUAUAUUGAAACAUAU